UCUGACCCCAGAUCUUCAUCUUCAGAUCCCAGCUGUGUGUCCAUGAAGAGUGAAGAAUCAUUGCCUCAACCUCCCAAUUUAAGUGAUGAGCCAGUGACCUCUGACCCCAGAGUGGAUAAAGAUCAUCAGACUGGAGACCAGGAUCUUACUGAACCAGUAGACAAUGAACUACAGAGAGUCAAAGACCAGCACAAAGCCAGCAUGAAAAACAAGUAUGAGAGAUUAUUUGAUGGACUGAAACUCCAGGGGAAUCAAACCCUCCUGAACAGGAUCUACACACAGCUCUACAUCAUAAAGGGAGAAAAUGAAGGAGUGAAUGAAGAACAUGAGGUUUCACAGAUGGAGAAAACAGGCAGAACAAAACACUCACAAGACACUCCAAUAUACUGCAAUGACAUCUUUAAAGCCUCACCUGAACCAGGAUGUGAGGAGAAAGACCAAAUCAAGACUGUUCUGACUAAAGGCAUCGCUGGAAUCGGAAAAACCGUCUCUGUGCAGAAGUUCAUUCUGGACUGGGCUGAAGGAAAAGCCAAUCAGGAUGUAGGUUUCAUGUUUGUGCUUCCAUUUCGAGAGCUGAACUUGAUCCGAGAUCAUCAGUACAGUCUUCACAGACUUCUGCUGGACUUUCAUCCUGAACUUCAAGAUCUGGACUCAAAGAUUUAUGAGGAGUGUAAAGUUGUGUUCAUCUUUGAUGGUCUGGAUGAAAGCAGAAUCACACUGAUGUUUUCAGAUGAUCAGAAAGUUUGUGAUGUGACUGAGACUUCAUCAGUGGGUGUGUUGAUGUCAAACCUCAUGAAAGGAGACCUGCUUCCCUCUGCUCUCAUCUGGAUCACCUCCAGACCAGCAGCAGCCAAUCAGAUCCCCUCCAAAUACAUCAACCGUCUGACAGAAAUUCAGGGAUUCAAUGAGCUUCAGAAGGAGGAAUAUUUCAGGAAGAGAAUCAGUGACCAGCAUCAAGCCAGCAGAAUCAUCUCACACAUCAGAAGAGCAAGAAGCCUCCACAUCAUGUGCCACAUCCCCGUCUUCUGCUGGAUCUCAUCCACUGUGCUUCAGAAGCUCCUGAAAGAAGAUCUGAGUGCAGAAAUCCCUCAAACUCUGACUGAAAUGUACAUCCACUUCCUGCUGAUUCAGAUCAACAUGAGGAAUCAGAAGUAUGAAGAAAGAGAUCCAGAGAAACUCCUGCAGUCCAACAGAGAAGUGAUUGUGAAACUUGCUGAAGUGGCUUUCAAACAGCUAAUGAAGGGGAAUGUGAUGUUCUAUGAGAAGGACCUGAUUGAGAGCGGCAUAGACGUCACUGACGCCUCAGUGUAUUCUGGGAUUUGCACUGAGAUUUUUAAGGAGGAAUCUGUAAUACAUCAGAGGAAAGUCUACAGCUUCAUCCAUCUGAGCAUUCAGGAGUUUCUUGCUGCUUUCCAUGUGUUUUACUACCACAUUAGCAGCACUACAGAUGUAUGUUUUGAUUCACUGCAUAAUUUGUAUAAAAGAGUAGUUAAUAAAGCACUCCAGACUAAGAAUGGACAUCUGGAUCUGUUCCUGCGGUUCCUGCUGGGCAUCUCACUUGAGUCCAAUCAGAGACUCUUACAGGAUCUACUGACACAAACAGAGAACAGCUCAGAGAGCAUCAGAGUAACCACACAGUACAUUAAAUACAAGAUCAAGAGUCUUGAUGAUAAUGAUGGACACUAUGUACAUGAAAUCAAAGAGCAACACAAACAAGUUAAACAUCUCUCCACUGAAAGAUCCAUCAAUCUGUUUCUCUGUCUGCUGGAAGUGAAAGAUCAGACUCUGUCCAGAGAAAUUCUGGAGUUUGUGAAAUCAGACAAACACUCACAGAAGAAACUCUCUCCUGCUCACUGCUCAACAAUUGCCUACAUGCUUCAGAUGACAGAGGAGCCACUGGAUGAGCUGAACCCCAUGAAAUACAACACAUCAGAUGAGGGGAGAAGAAGACUGAUACCAGCUGUGAUCAACUGCAGAAAAGCUCUUUUUUCUGGCUGUAAUCUCACUGCUCAGUGUUGUGAGAGUUUAUCAUCAGCUCUACAAUCCUCAAACUCUGUCCUGAGAGAGCUGGACCUAAGUGACAAUAACCUGUUUGAUUCAGGAGUGAAGCUGUUGUCAGAUGGACUGAAGAGUCCAAACUGUCAGCUGCAGAUACUGAGACUUGCUGGCUGUAAUCUCACUGCUCAGUGUUGUGAGAGUUUGUCAUCAGUUCUACAGUCUUCAGACUGUUUCUUGAGAGAGCUGGAUCUAGGUAACAAUGAUCUACAUGAUUCAGGAGUGAAGCUGCUCUCAGAUGGACUGAAGAGUCCAAAAUGUCAGCUGCAGAUACUGAGGUUGUCUGGCUGUAUGGUGACAGAGGAAGGCUGUGGUUAUUUGUCUUCAGCUCUGAGUUCAAACCCCUCACACCUGAGAGAGCUGGAUCUGAGCUACAAUCACCCAGGACAAUCAGGAGUCCAGCUGCUCAAACACAAACUGGAGGAUCCAAACUAUAAACUGCAGAUACUCAAUGUGGAUCAUGGAGGAGAGAUCAGGAUCACAGCAGGACUACGAAAGUAUGCCUGUGAUCUCACACUGGAUCCAAACACAGCACACACUCGUCUCAUUCUGUCUGAUGACAACAGGAAGAUCACACAUGUGGAAGAUCAUCAGCCGUAUCCUGAUCAUCCAGAGAGAUUUGGUGAGGAAUCACAGGUUCUGUGUGUUGAGAGUCUGACUGGACGCUGUUACUGGGAGGUUGAAUGGAGCGGAAAUAAUGCUGUUAUAUCAAUGUCAUACAAAGGAAUCAGCAGGAAAGAAGGGAGUGACUGCUGGUUUGGAUACAGUGACAAAUCCUGGAGUCUGUACUGCAGUCACGAAGGUUUCGCUGUCCGUCACAAUAAUAAGAGCACUAAAAUACCUGCUGUCCAUCCAUCCUCUAAUAGAGCAGGAGUGUAUGUGAACUGGUCUGUUGGCACUCUGUCCUUCUACAGUGUCUCUGACACAAACACACUCACACACUUAUACACAUACAACACCACAUUCACUGAACCCCUCUAUGCUGGGAUUAAGGUUUUAUUGAAGGCUUCAGUUUCUCUGUGUGAGAUUACAAAGCAGACACGCACACUUGUAAAUCCUCCUUGAUAAUGUCCACAUGCACACAAAAGCCUCAUUCUGAUAGAAUCAGUUUUCUAAAUGAAGUUUGAGUUGCAGUGCUUAUCAUGCACUGUUUGUGAUUUCAUGUACCAAAUCAGACAGGAUUAACAUAUCCAUGUUUACUAUCGAGCUAUGAGUGAACAUU